AAAAUACGACUGUUUUGCAGUCUACACAUUUACUCUUAAGAAUUUUAAAACAAUCACUUCCAAGAAAUGUUAACUGCUUUCCGAGAAUGAUUACUUGACCCCUCACGCCCUGUGAUUGGCUGGUAUACCUAGGUGGGCUCUAUCCUCCGCGCUCAUUUUGACCCUUUCCCUCUCCUUCUACGGCCUGCCACGCAGGCUAGAUUUUGACAUUCUCAUAUGAAAUCAAAGAUGUCAUUAUCAACAGUCACAUAAAAUAUUUUGACGUCAAAAUUGAACUUUAAGCAUUCUUUCUUUAAAGGAAAGUCGACCCAGUAGUUAAUUACCGCUAACUCUUCGGGUUUCAAUGCCCUUUAGCGCCAGGGUAACCCUAGCAGCCUCAACUUGCUUCAAAACGCUUUUUAGCGUGAAAUAUAAAAGCUGGAUCGUAAUUGAUUAAUAACAAAUAUUCAUUGCAUAUCAGCCAAUCACUGGCCACGGUUGAAUAGUCACGCAAUAAAUUCUCAGAAAAUCAAAACUUUCUCGGAAGUAAUGAAUAAAGUGUUGAUUACGCUAUACGCCGAAGAGUGAGCCAUUAUCUCGUCAAGAGAAAAGCAGUUUCUCAAGCAAAAAAUGCUUAGAAAAGAUCAAUGUUGGCGCUGUGACACCAUUUGUUCACCUCCAUCUCCAAAGGUCUCUUGCAGUGGAUGCGGAAUAGCGUUUUACUGCAGCGAGGUAUGUAAACACAACGAUGUGUUUCGUCAUCAAGUUGAUUGUCAAACGGCUGCCCUGAGGAGGAAGUGUGCUGGAUGUGGAAGGGAAAAAACAGGACUGAAGCCUUGUGGUAGCUGUCGAAAAGAAUGGUACUGCGACAAAGAAUGUCAAAGGAACUCUUGGCCGACACACAAGGCCGACUGCCAAGCAAUAAGCGCAAAAACAGAAGAGUUGUCCCGCCAGUUGGAAAUAUUCUACCACUCGGUGAAAUCGAUCAUGGGUCCAGGUAUGGGAACCGUCUACUAUUGGGGAAACAUGCCAGCCGUGGAUCUGAUCAACUUGCCGUUGAACGAAGGUGUCCAGUACAACAAGCCUUUAUCGAUUCUUGUUUGCGGCGUUGGUGACCCGAGAAAUGUCCUACUUUCCUUGUCUCAGCUUCCAGACGGCUUUAACGAAGAGUUGACCUUUGUUUUGAACGACAUCUGCUCCUGUGUGAUGGCACGUACAGUUCUUUUGCUAUACAUGCUUAUUAAAGGAGGAGAGCAGAUAUCAAACUCUGUGACGCAGAUUUGGUAUUCACUGCGACUCAGUGAGGAAGACUUCAGGCUUGUGAAGAGCACCCUUCAAGAACUGAUCCAUGCAUCCAGCCUUGAAGAAUUGACAAGAGGCGCAAUGAAGAUGGAGCAAGACCAUCUUCGCACACUCGUGCAAGUGUGGCGUACCUGGCUUGAACUUAGUUCUCGAGAGGGAGACUGGAUUACAGAGGAGCGACGGAGAAUGUUCAAGAGCGAUCGCUAUUCAAAGGAUGGAAUGGAUUUGUACUUGAAGGAAAUUCCAAAGGAACAUAAAAAAUCCGCCUCUGACUGGUUUGCCAAUGGCAUUUUGUUACCUAAGGGAUCACGAAAAGAUCUCACUCGUGAAAACUUUACUCUGACGGGCUUUCCUGCCGCUUUUCGAAAUCAAAUUGAUGGCCCUUACCCAUUUAGGUACAUACUGGAUCCUUCUGUAAUUCCAUUUGGCGUGUGGGAUUACAAAAACGUUAAACAGCAUUUUCACUGCGCCUCCCUACUUACGAUGUACAGCCAGUAUAUAAGUCAUGUGCUCCAGAAGUGCGUUGCGACACUGUCCACAGGACAGGUGAAGUUUCACUUCCUGUUGUGCGACUGUAUGGAGAUGACUCCAUUCCUUCCUGCAGACCGGAAAUAUGACCGCGUCGCCACCUCAAACAUCCCUGAUUACCAGCCACUUACCAGCAUCUUGGACAUGUGCAAACCAUUGUUGAACACAGCUAACCCCUCUGCUGUUAUCAUCACUGAAUUUCAAAACUGGUCUAGUCAUAUUUCUCUGUUUCAAAAAGAAUUACUUCAUUCCUUAGAAACUGUGACAGGGAGCUUUCGUCAACAAGUGCUACAAGACACCCAAAAUCCUGCAAUUGCCUAUUCCAACGAAAAAGUGGCCUUUAUGCAGUAUCACGACCACAGCAAAGAGUUCACCCAGUUUCUUCGCGCUGCCCUCCUUGUUACAGAUCGCGAGACCCCGGAUAAAGUGAAUCGACGGCGCACAUGGAGGUCAGUGGCUGAUUAUAAUGGCUUGGUUGCACGUGACUUCCUUCGCUGCCAAAAUCGAGUAUUUCCGGCCAGGUGGAUGCAGAACUGCCGCAGGGUUACCAUGAUGACUGGAUUUGAGAGAGCCGUGGAAUGGAUUGUCAAUCCGCAAUAAUGUUCUUAAUCUUUCAAAGGAAUACUGAAGGAAAACCUGUUCUUUUAAACAGUUCUUUUAGCAGGAUUUCAAUUUUCUGUGGUCUAAUUUACCACCGUUUGAUAUUUUGUUCACCUGUUGAUUUCCAGUUUAGAGUAUUUCUCGUUAAAUAAAGUUAAUGAUUUUUUAGAUGAAUAGCUUUGCGAAAAUGGAGGAUGUAAAUGAAUUUCUGAACGGGCUUUCGUAAUUAGGUUUGACUUUUUUUAGCUCUACGACGAGAGCUGCAAAUUAUCAUGACAUUGAUAUUUUCAAAUAUCCUCCUUUAACCGCUCUUAGAAUCGCAGGGGGCUGGGGGUAGGGGAUAAGUGCCCCCACUGUCUUUAAUCGUUGAUACACUUGUCAAUAUUUUAGUUAAAUCAAAUCAGUUAAGCUUUGCGAAUUUACGGUAUCUGAAAUUUAUCCAAUAACAAUUUAGUAGGACACUUUUGAUCGGCGUGUUUUUCCAAAGGCGGAAUUUUCUUGUUCUAAAUAAUAAAGCCUAUCUAUGAUAUAGUUAUUUUAAAUUUUAGCGUUGUACUUUUUUUUUUCCUUGAUUGAUUACUUUUGAGUCAUUUUUGGUGGCUCGGCUGACGUUUUGGGAAUGCAAAUUAGUAACGACUUAACAUGUAAAAACGCAACAAUAUGUCCAAAUUAACAAUAUUGAGAGUGCCGAGAUAUUUCUUACUAGCAAGAUAAACAGAUACCUUUAUAUUUCACAGGGCUCGUUUUCCUUUUUUGCCUGAGGGAGGGGGAAGCGGGGGGGUUGAAUUGAAUAAUCCCUUCAAGUAUGAAGUGUCUGAAAAGCUGGGAGCGGCUUUGGUUGUUACAGGGGAGAGCAUGCAAGCGCACGUGUGAAGACUGGGGAGAGAAAAAUAGAAGGCGUUUACUGCACGUUCUUUACCAUGCUAUCCUAGGGAGUCUUUGGGAGAGGUGAAAGCCAGUUUCAACAGAUUUUAAGUUCUAUAAGUAUCAUUUAUUUGAUACUCUAUGAAGGUUUAUAUUCAUCGCUUUUAACUGGUGACUGGAAAACGUUUCAAGCAUUUUUUCAUUUUUUCAGUUCCUCUUAUUUGAUAAAACUAAUGCUUUGUGGUGUUGGACAUCAGUCAAAACACAGACGGACAAAAAUAUAAAGAGAACGCUGAUUGAAAGUUUUGAAAACGGAAAUGAAGCGUCACGCUAACCUUGACUCAGCUAAGGGCCUAGGCCUACCUACGUGGAGAGAUUGUUUUCCUUGUAACACAAGUCACUCGAGAACUUUUGAUACAUUUUUAUAGCGAGCUAACUGGAAACUGCUUAUAUAAGAAAUCAAAAGAUUGGCAAAAAGUUAAUCCUGGAUGGAAAACUGACUUUGAAGGGGGAGCAAGCGAGCGAUCCCCCCUCUCCGAAAAAAGCCUUGUCUACUAGGGAUACUAUUAUAAACAGAAUUAUACAAAGUGAACGAGAAGGCCAGUUCUU